UCUUCGCCAGAGCUGUACAAAGACAAAGGGAUAGGUAUCUUCUCCAAUGUUUCUUCAGCCCUUAGAACAGCCCGUGGCAUUUAGCAGAUUCUCAAUAAAUGUGUCCAGUGAAGAAACGAAUGAGUGCUAAGAUCUAAGAUUGCGGGCUGGGUUACCCUGAGCUGGCAGAGGCUUUUCCUGGUUGCUAGAGGAUGGGACAGGGAUUCCAGAGUGUGGGGAGUGCCCACCUGGGGCUCCGUAGCCUCUCAGGCCUCGGAGGCGGCGCUUAAGGAACUACGUAUCCCAUAGAGCUCUGGGCGAAAAGGGAUCGCGGGUGCUGCCGGGAAGAGUAACGAGCGAGAAGCCAGGUCUGGUGCUGCAAGGAUGGCCGCUCAGCGAGUAUUCCCACUUUCCUGUGUGGUACAGCAGUAUGCCUGGGGGAAGAUGGGUUCCAACAGUGAAGUGGCUCGGCUGCUGGCCAGCAGUGACCCACUGGCCCGAAUCUCAGAGGACCAGCCAUAUGCAGAGCUGUGGAUGGGGACCCACCCCCGGGGAGAUGCCAAAAUUCUUGACAAUCGCAUUUCACAGAAGACCUUAGGCCAGUGGAUCACUGAGAACCAGGACUGCUUGGGUGCAAAGGUCAAGGACACCUUUAAUGGCAAGUUGCCCUUCCUCUUCAAAGUGCUCUCAGUUGGAACAGCCCUCUCCAUCCAGGCACACCCUGACAAGGAACUGGCAGAGAAGCUGCACCUCCAGGCUCCACAGCACUACCCUGAUGCCAACCAUAAGCCAGAAAUGGCCAUUGCACUCACUUCCUUUCAGGGCUUAUGUGGUUUCCGGCCAGUUGAGGAAAUUGUGACCUUUCUGACAAAGGUGCCAGAGUUCCAGUUCCUAAUCGGAGAUAAUGCAACAACACAGCUGAAGCAGAGUCUGAGCCAGAACUCCCAGGCCAUGGCCUCUGCUCUGCAGAGUUGUUUCUCCCACCUAAUGAAGAAUGAGAAGAAGGUGGUGGUGGAACAGCUCAACCUGUUGGUGAAGCGGAUCACCCAGCAAGUGGCUGCUGGGAACAAUGUGGAAGAUAUCUGUGGGGAGCUUUUGCUGCAGCUGCACCAGCAGUAUCCAGGUGAUAUCGGAUGCUUUGCCAUAUACUUCUUGAACCUGCUUAACCUGAAGCCGGGGGAAGCCAUGUUUUUGGAGGCCAAUGUACCCCAUGCCUAUCUGAAAGGAGACUGUGUGGAAUGCAUGGCGUGUUCAGAUAACACAGUACGUGCUGGCCUGACACCCAAGUUUAUUGAUGUGCCAACUCUGUGUGAUAUGCUCAGCUAUACUCCCAGCCCCAGCAAGGACAGGCUCUUUACUCCAACACGGAGUCAGGAAGACCCCUACCUUUCUCUCUAUGACCCCCCUGUACCAGACUUCACAGUUAUGAAGAUAGAGGUCCCUGGCUCGGUCACUGAGUACAAGGUCUUGGCAGUGGACUCCGCCAGCAUUCUCCUGAUGGUGCAGGGCACAGUGACAGCCAGCACUCCCACAGCCCAGGCAGUAAUCCCCCUGCAACGUGGUGGGGUACUCUUCAUUGGGGCCAAUGAGAGUGUUUCACUGAAGCUCACUGUGCCUGAGGACCUGCUGCUAUUCCGUGCCUGCUGUCUGCUGUAGAGGCUACAGCCAUCCUGGCUCUCCUUCCUAGUCACCCUAAAUCUUGGCCAGCCUUACCUCCUUAGGCCCAGCCCAAACUCCUUCCCCGCUCUAAACUCUUGAGGCAGUGGCUCCUGUGCAGGCCUAGGCUGAACCAUCUUCCUGGGGAGAGGGACUUAUGUGAGGACUAAGGGCCAACACUCCACUUGCAUUCUCACCGUACCUGAGCCAGACUCAAUGCAGAAGAGCAGCUGUUUUCACUGUAGUAUUAGGCUGGUGAAAUCUAUGAUUAGCGUCAGCAUCAGUUACAGCAAAAGGGUAGGUAGCCAAUUUCUUUAUUGAUUUUAGAGAGAAACAUUGAUUUGUUGUUCCAUUCAUGUAUGCAUUUAGUGGUUGAUUCUUGUGUGUAUCCUGACCAGUGAUCAAAAUUGCAACCUUGGUGUAGCAGGAUAAUGCUCUAACCAACUGAGAUAACCUGGCCAGGACCUUAGGUAACUAAUUUCUAAGAACAGGGUUCUUGCCUUAGGACUGCCCAUUUCCUCAGCAGCUGAGAAGUGAAAGGGUAGGCAUGUGGUCCAGUGUUCCCCCUUGUCACCCUCCUGCUUUGUCAAAGCAAUUGAAGAUCACUUGUGUUGAGCCUAUGGGGUAAGAGACACUGAGCCUUUUGGCAGCCCAGUCCCUGAAGUGGGUAGGCUGAACUCGAGAGCCUUUUAUAGGAAGGUCUAAGACUGUUGGUCAGAAUCUUCAGUGGCAAAACAGAGAGCUGUAUAACCUCCUGAAGUGUGUCCCACCUCUAUCUGAGAGGGUAAGCUCAGGAAGAGUAUGUGCUCUCCUAGGUACUUCCUGCCAGUUUAGAGAAGUUGCCCUUCAUAAGGUGAAUUUGAUUGUCCUGUCUAAUCCAGUCUAGCAGCCGGCUUCAGCCUCAGAUGUAGAGAGCUUGCAGGCAGGCCUUGGGCCCUCCAGCCCUGCAGAGUGGAAAGUGGGUCUAAAGAGCAAGAUUCUUCUCCAGGGUUAAAACUGGCCCUUGGGCAGGGAUCAGCACCUAAAGCCAGAGGGCUGGGUUUGGCCACACCUACUAUAUACAAACCACCUUUCCUGCUCUCAAUUAUAAAGUUGAGUAGAUGUGCCAGACUGUACGGCCUGACUGGCUCUUCACAGAGAAAGUUUGUCAGCAACUUCUCUGGAACACAUUCAGUCAUUGUAGAUACAGGGACAGGACAAUCUAAUUCACCUUGUGAAAGGCAACUUCUUCCAAGCCGGCACAAAGUACCUAGAACAAAUACUCCCUGAACCUACCCUCUCAGAUAGAGGUGGGACACACUCCUUCAGGUCACCCAGCUGUUUUGCCACUUAAAAUUCUAACCAACAGUCUUAGAUCUUAUCACCCCAGACUAAGCAGAAACCCAGGCUAUUGGUUCUUUCCUGGAGGCUAUGGGUUUAGAUUCUCAUAAAACUGAAUUCUAGGCAACUACGCAUUUGGAAAAAGUUCUGGACAAUCUGUUCUGGGUUUUGGCCCCCAAAUUUCUUCAGCUACAAAAAAAAAAAUUAUUUCGGAAGAGAGGGUCUGCCAAGGAGAGCUCAUUCUGAAGAGAAAUGAUAUGCAAAGACUGACUCCAUCCAUGGCCUCUAGUGAAGCAGGCCUAAAAAUGAUGCCCAUUGGGAACAGCAAAAAGGAGAGGAGAUCCUAGGAGGAAUGGUCAUGGGGGGGCUAUUAAGCUAUUUCUUCACUUCAGAAUUCAGAAGGGGCAAUGACUGCAGCUUGGGCCUUAAAACUUCUAUUACAACAGAGACAGUUCAACCAGCAUGACUGUAUUUACUAUAAACUCACAGAGUUGUGGACCUUUAAGCCAGGGGUUUUGUGGAGUACUUGGUAAAUGCCAUCUACUACCACCCCCACCUGUACGGUGAGCCUGAAUACACCCCUCCUCCCGGGGCACUGUCACCUACAGCACAUGAGGCACUCUCAAUGAAGGUAGUUUGGCUCUGGGUACCUUGGUGCCUUUUGGUGAGAAUUUAGCCUGUGGCCCCAAACUGACCAUUUUUAUCCUGCCUCACUGCACGCUGUCCCCCACUUCAGGUUCCUAUAACCUCCCACAAAGGUAAUGCCUCCCACUCAGGGUCAACCGACUCUGAAACACCCUCUCAGAGACACAGUCAAAUACCCUAGUGUUGACUAACUGCACCAAUCACCCAGGGAGACCUUGGUCUUGUGAUCCUAUUGCUCCCCUUACCCCCAGCAGCUGCCAAAUGCUUAGGCUACUCUGUCCACUGUCCUAACCAAAUGCCCCACACUGAGCUGUCACAGCACUUUCUGGUCCCCACUGGGUUUCCCAUUAGCCAGUUUUCCUUUACAAGAUCCUACCUACAUCUGAGUCUUUUGUACAUAUUUCUCUACUGCAGAAACCAGAAAGACCUGGAUAUAGCCUCCAUGGAUGGGCAAGGGGUUCAGAAUGGAGAUGUCUUCAGUCCCUGAAAGCAUUUGCACAUACUGCUCAGAAUGUGGGGAACCUUCUGAGGUGUAGAGUUGCAGAGCCUCAUUCCAGAAUAGAAUAUAUGCUUCCCCCAUCCCAGACCCCAACAUGAGGUGCCUCUGGUCCCUGUCCCAUCUCCCUCCUGCCAUGACACUGCUAACUGGAGAAGAAAAGUUAGCUAUAGCCCCCUGGACACUAUUCUCACCUUUCUAAAAUUUGAGAAAAGCACCAAGAUAGAUGCUAAUCAAGCACUACUAGGAUUACCCUCACAAGGGUAAUCAUAUCUGACAUACAUGGCCUUUUUAUCUGACAUUCUCUUAAUCAGCUUGUAGCAGUAGAGCAGGAAAGGCCAUGCCAUCCCUCAUUUACCCCUAGUGGUCACAGGACAUCAAACGUGUCAACAGACCAGGCACUUUCCCAUAUGGGGCCCACAAUCCAAUCCUGACUACCAUGUCCCUUGGGCUGGGAACCCUACCUUACCACAGUUCUAGGUAAGGCAAAACAGAAACAUUGUAAAACUAAAUUCUAGGGAGAGGUGUGGCCUAGCAAGAGUAGGGGUCAAGGGGGAGUGGGAUCCACCUUUGCUGUGUUCACAAAGAGUUGAGAGAGGCUAUGUUGUACCCAAAGGUUUACUGUAAAUGUCCGAUCCCAAGUAUCCACUGUGGCACAUGCUGUGAUCAGAGGAUUGGGAGAGCUGGACCCAAUACACAGUUUGUAACAGGGUGAAGGGAGGCCCUCUGCAAUGGCAAAUUAUCUCCAUUACCUUGGGACCUGACACAGGUGUCUACUCCCCAUCCUGUGAGUCUCCAUCUAGUCAGAGCCCAGGGCCAGUACACUUCUCACCCUUUGCUACUUCUCCAGUUUAAAAGGUUAAUUGGAAGGCACCUGAAGGCUCCCUGCAGCUACCUCUGCUGGUAACCAAAAUCUGCAAACAGGCUUCUGGGACCAACAUUUAACUCAAAGACUGGAUGGAGAAA